AUGUCACGCAUUCGCGGGUCAAGAACAGGAGGGCGGACUCUUGGGGCUGCUGAGGAAGAUGGUGUGUUCGAGGAUGCAAGAAAGGUGGAUGCAAGAGGGGUGGAUGCAGGAGGCCUUGAGAAAGUUGGUGCGUUGGAAGCAGCAGGUGUGACACCUGAUACUGCAGUAGGACGUGCAAUAUCAGGCCUGGCAGGAGGAGGUACUGAAGUACUUGCAAGAGGUGACCUGAUAGUGGUUGCAAGAGGUGUGGCAGCAGGUGAUGUGACUGCGGGUGCGACAGCCAACCAAGGUGUAGAGCAGGGCUGCAGGUUGAGAAACAAAUGCGGUCUACAUGCCCUGUUGCUCCUUUGCCUUUGCCACGGCCUUCAACCCCCUUCCCCUCCUUCCUCUGCCCUUCCUUGCCCUGCUCUCGAUUCUGAUGCUCUCCCUUCUUCUGCUCCCCCUUCUUCUGCUCUCACUUGUACUGCCCUCCCUCCACCAGCUCUCCCUUCCUCUGCUCUCCCUUUCCUAGAUCCACCUUCCCUUACUCCCUCAUCUCCUGAUCUUGCUUCCCAUCCUCUCUGCUCCUCCAUGCUCUUUCGUUUCCUCCCAUCCCCCUGUGGUCUUGCAUGUUGCCUACCAAACUCCGUCCCUCCACUCCUCUUUCUGACCUCCCUCCCACAGUCGCCCCUCUCACCAGCCCCCCUCCCACUGUCCCUCCACCCACCGUCUCCCCUCACACCAGCCCUCCGUCCACCGUCCCCCAUCUCACCAGCCCCUCUCUCACCAGCCCCUCUCUCACCAGCCCCCCUAUCACCACCCCUCCUCCCAGAAACCCUCCUCCCACCAUAG